AUGAGCCAGCAGCACGGGGGCGCUCCUCAGGGGCACACCCGAAAUAAGUCGGUCACAAAGUCGUCUCGUCCAAGAUCGUCGACUAAGGGUCCCCUCGAUCUUGCAGACACCCCCCUCAACGACCCCCUCUCGUCUCCCUCACGCCUCGAACCCCUCCAGCCCAAGCGCGCCUCGAGCCAGCGCCCACCAGGCCACCCAUCACCGAGCUUCCGCUCGCCAGCCCCGUCACCCGCCCCGCCUGCCGUGCGCGCCUCGAUGACCAAGAACUUCAGCUUUCUGCUGCGCCCAGAGAUCUACCAGCCCCUGCUGCCGCUCAACGUGCCCGUGGCCUUCCGCAACUCGACCAAGCAGCCGCGGCCGGAUGCGCCACUCGCCGAGCUGCUCAGCCAGGGCCACUUCCGGGCGGCGGCCAUCUCGGCCGUGCAGGAGCUGACAUCCGCGUCGCCCCGCGCUGCGCCCAUCGACCCGACCGACCACCGGCGCAUCUUCGACCUGCUGUACACGCGGCUCGCGUGCCUGACGCUCUGCGACGCGACGUCGACGGCGGCGCAGGAGGUGCGGGCGCUCGAGGACCUCAACAACGCAGCCAUCUACGUGGACGACGACACGGGCGAGCACCUCGUGCCGUGGGCGCUGCGCGUGCUCAACGUGCGGCUGCAGGCGCUCGGGUUCGGCGACCCGCGGCGCGCCGUCAUGAGCUACCACGACCUCGCGCGCGAGGCGCGCGACCAGGGCGCGCGGGCGGCGGCGCGGGCGCUCUGGCGCGGGCGGCUGCACGACCUCGGCAUCCAGGUCGCCGGCGCGCUCGUGGAGAUGGAGGACCUCGCGGGCGCGGCGCACCACCUCGGCACGCUGCGGGACGGCGGCGACGGGCGCAUGGCGCUGACGCGGGCGCUGCUGUGGCUUCAUCUCGGGGACGUGGCUGCGGCGCGGCGGUGCGUGCGUGGAGCGCACCGGGGCGAGGGGCGGCAUGCCGAGCAGGUCAUCCUGGCGCUCUGCGAGAUGGCGGAUGGGGAGUACGAGGCGGCGCUGCGGCUGUGGCAGGCGCUCCGGCAGGAGGUCGACGACGAGAUGGUGGGCGUCAACAUGGCUGUGUGUCUGCUGUACACGGGCAACAUGGACAAGGGCCGUGAGGUGCUCGAGAGCAUGGCGGGCUCUGGUCGUUCCUCGCACACGCUGCUGUUCAACCUCAGCACCAUGUACGAGCUGUGCACGGAGAGGAACCGCGCGAUGAAGAUCAAGCUCACGGAGAGGCUGGCAGGGCUGGAUGCGACGGAGAGCGGGUGGGAGAAGACGAAUGCCGACUUUAAGCUGUGA